UACAUCUGUUAUUAUACUUAUAUGUAUGUUUAUUGUUCUUCUUCAGAAUGCAAUAGUUUUACAAUUCAGUACAUUUUUUUAAGUUUACUAUCUUUUUGAUUCUUUGUUCUUUUUCACCGAAUUCAAAUUUGUUUGUUAGAUACUUAUAUUUCAGAAUAGGAGGAUGGAUUUUGUACUCAUGAAAACUUAAAGUGAUACCGUAUUUUUAUAGUGGUUUACAUGUAAUAAGUGUAUAUAGUCAUUCUACGACUUUACGUUAUGAGCUCUUUAAAACUUGUGAGUAAAUAUCACACACCGAAAAUUGUGUGGUAUCAGACUGAUACUACAGUUAUCGUACGUAUUUUACUGUGUGAUAUAAAGGAAUAUUUUCUCCAUGUUGAAUGUGAUCAUAUAUUAUUUAGCACAAUAACAAACUCAGAAAAAUAUUACAUUUGCUCAUAUCUUUUUGGAACUGUAAUAGCAGAAAAAACAACCCAUAGAAAUAUAGGAAGAGAAGUUAAGAUUACACUUGUAAAAGCACAUAAAGGGACAGAAUGGUUAAGAUUAUUUAUCUCAGCGGAAAAGAAUCCUUUAAUCAGCAUAGAUCCAGAUCAUAUAUAUAAAAAAGACUGGAUUCUUGAAUCUGUCAAAAAUAUAGAAAGGGAGAGUUUUGCAGAAUAUAAACGUAGAAAUAAUAUAACUCAAAUAAUGCCACUCGUGCCAUCUAGUGAUGAAGAAGAAUCUGAUGAUGAAAUAAUGGAUGCGUUAUUUCUUUAAACUACUUACACACAUAUAUAUAAUAAACAUAUAUGAUCAAAAUGUGAUAUUUGUAAUACAUAAAUAUAUCUUUAAAUAAAGGAACAGCAUACUAGUUAAA